UUUCACAAGUAGAAAGUUUGACAAGUUGGUCGACGCAAGUCCUCUGUUUUUCGCGCUAUCGAACCUUGAAUAUCAUUCUCCUUUUCUGUCGUUAGUAACGAAAUCGGACACUUGCCCUGGAACGUCUUUUCUAACAGCGAAGAAAACAACAAAAUACUUUAAACAUGGAAAACGUGCAGAAAGUCAUGUCGGGUUUUAGUCUUGAUCUGGCUCCCGUGAAAGAACCGCUGGGAUUUAUACGAAUCUUGGAGUGGGUUUUCACCAUUUGUGCCUUUGCUACCACUGGUGGUUUUAUCGGAUCCAGUGUCUUCACCAUAACCUGUGACAAAACAGAUGUUAUUGCUAAUUUUGCAUAUCCUUUUAGGCUUCCAAGUAAACCAUAUGAAAUUCAUAAUUGCAAUGGGAGCAAGAAUACCACUUUCCUGCAGGGAGAUUACUCCUCAUCAGCUGAAUUCUUUGUCUGUGUGGGCGUCUUUGGCUUCCUGUAUUGCACCUUUACCCUCAUCCUGUACUUGGGCUACCAGCAGGUUUACAGAGAGUCUAAUCGUGGCCCGACCAUUGAUUUGAUUGUGACCGGAAUCUUUGCCUUCUUGUGGCUGGUCUCUUCCUCAGCCUGGGCUAAAGGUUUAACAGAUGUCAAGAAUGCUACUAGUCCUGAUACCCUAAUACUGGCAUGUCCGCAAGGUUUAUGCAUAGCCAAAAGCUACCCUGCUAUGGGCCGUCUCAAUGCCUCUGUGCUUUUUGGAUUUCUAAACCUCAUCUUAUGGGCAGGAAACUGCUGGUUCAUCUAUAAGGAGACCCCGUUUCAUAAACCAGCCAAUCCACCACCCAGCACAGAGGAAGGAGUUUCAAGCGCCUAAUUAAACAAGACGGGUUCCUUCUUCUCCUCUCAAGUCAUUCAAAAAGUAGAGGACAUCACCGUUUGUUCAUGUUGACACAUUGAAAAGAAACUACACUUAAAUUUGCAAAGGCUUUAUUUAUAGCUUAAUGCAGCGUAGUCCACUACAAUAUAAAUGCUAAAUAUUCAUCAUUUCUUUAUAAUUAUCAUUUUUUCCUAUUUCAACAAUGGUUUAGUGACUGUUUGGAUGGCACUGUCAGAAGCAAAUGCUUUCAAGCAGGUCUUCUAAAGCAAAGCCAAAAAAUAAGCCAAAUUUUAAUAUUAGAUCAGUAGCAGCUUGCAACUAUCGUAAGUGUGCAGUGAAGACUUGUGUUCUAGGUUACUGAUGUUUAUGUAUACAUUUGUAUAAUUUAAUAUUAAGAUGACCUGCUUUUCAAUAACUCUAAAAAUAUUCACUACAUAAAUCAGACCUUAUGAAUCACUUACACUAGCACACUAAUAUCUUGCUGUAGACAUUUUAAAGCUUGUAUUUCUGUGCAGUUUUUUGCUGUUGUUUUUUUUUUACUAUUUAUUUGUUUAAAAGAAUAGUUCACCCCAAAAUGAAAAUUCUCUCAUUAUUUUCUCACCCUCAUGCCAUCCCAAAUGUGUAUAACUUUCUUCUGCGGAACACAAACGAAGAUUUUUAGAAAAAUAUUUCAGCUGUCUUGGUCCAUUCCAUUCAAGUGAAUUGCGGCUAGAACUUUGAAGCUCUAAAAAGCACAUUAAGGCAGCAUAAAAGUAAUCCAUAUGACUCCAGUGGUUUAAUCUUUGGCUUCAGACGUGAUAUUUUAGAGGUGGGUGAGAAACAGAUCAAUAUUCAAGUCCUUUUUUACUGCAUGUUCUCCUCCCUGUCCUGUAGGUGGCGAUAUGCACGAAGAAUUGACCUUAGUCACAGCAGCACCAUCUUUGAUUUUUAAUAGGAAUGACAACGAGGCUGUGAGGGAUAGAUGUACAGUCUCUUCAAUGGAUUGUACUGCUGUUUAAAGCAUUUCUGGAUCGUUCCACGGACAAAACAUUGAAAAAAUAUCUUUCUAAGAACAUUCAGUAGACAAAGAACUCCAGACAACAUGAGUUGUGGAAAAUCAGAUGUGAUCAAGGAGAUUUUUACAGCUUAAUACCGUUCGUGCCAUUGAAGAGAUGUCUGUCCCACACAGCCUCGUUGUCAUUCCCAUUAAAAAUCAAAGAUGGCGCUACCGUGAAUAAGGUCUAUGCAAAUCGCCAAAAACAAAAGAAUGUGGAAGUAAAAGUGAACAUUUAUAGUAAAAAAGGAUUUAAAUAUUGAUCUGUCCCCUCCCUCAACCCCCCCCCCCCAUCUAUAAUAUCACUUCUGAAGCCAUUGAGUAAAUCACUGGAGUUGUAUACAUUACUGUUUUGCUGUCUUUAUAUGCUUUUUGGAGCUUCAGAGAUCUAGCCACCAUUUACUUGCAUUGAAUGGACCAACAGAGCUGAGAUAUUUUUCAAAAAAUCUUCGUUUGUGUUCAGCAGAAGUCAUGCACAUCUUGGAUGGCAUGAGGGUGAGUAAAUGAAGAAUUUUCAUUUUUGGGUGAAAUGUUCCUUUUAAGUGCCUUUUGCAUUAGCCUUCAUAAUAGGAAUUUUUUUUUGCACUACCUGAACACCAUUGUCAACUUAGUCACCUUUUAGGGAAGGACAACUGAAAACUUCCUCCUUCAGCCAUAUAGUUUGUGAUAUUUAGUAUGUCAGCGUCAUUUUAAAUGUUUGUGUGAAUUCUCUGAGUUGACUACUUGGUUAAUGUGGAAUUUGGUAACAUUACCAAAGUCCAUAUUUCAGCAGCUUGUAUCAGGAAAAAUAUCAUUCAGUAGUAGCAAAACACUUUUUUUUUUUUUUCUUGUGGUAUUAUUUGUUUUUGGCACUUAACACUGUAAUUGAAAACAAGUCUGUGUUACAUUGGCUGAUGUGUAUAUUUUCAGAAAGAACACUUAAUUUUAUGCAUCUCAGUCAUGUUAUACCAUCUUAUGUUUUUACAGAAAAAACUAUGUGUGGGUAAGAAUUCAGUUUAAUCAUACUAAAUGGAAUCAUUUGUUAAUAA